AUGGCAGCUCAAAGCUCUUCUUCCAGUAAAUCACAAGUUUCCAAGAACGUUUCUCAUGACCGUUUCUUCGUAUGGAGGGAAUUUGUAUGGGGAGCAGUUGCAGUGUAUGUUCCAUGUGAAGUGAUAAAGCAGCGCAUGCAAGUUCAAGGCACAAUUACAUCCUGGACUUCUACUGCAAUUAAGAAUGGCAUUGAAAUAAAACUUGGUGCAGAAAUAUAUGACUAUUAUAAAGGGAUGUUCCAUGCAGGCUAUUCAAUAUGGAGAACACAGGGCUUAAAGGGUUUAGUGCAGGAGUACCUUGAUAGGCUACAGUUAAAUUCUGAAAAGACUACUGACUGUUUGGAUAGUGUUAAUUCUACCAAUCAGGUUAAAGAUAUAGACAUGAAUGAAAAUACCGAUUCUUCUGUGGAGGAGUCUGUUAUGUCUGUUAUGGAAAAGGUUCUCCAGAAGAGGAGUUUGAGGAUGCGUAAUAUGCAAAGAUCUUGGCAGGAAUCUCCUGAAGGCAAGAAGAUGGUGGAAUUCCGGAAGUCUCUACCAUCAUGUAAGGGGAAGGAAGGUUUACUUCAAGAUAUAGCAUGUAAUCAGAUUUCUAAACCUCUCUAA